AUGGACGCCCUUCUGGCUCGGUUCGGCGCGCAGGCCGUCAACUAUGCCAUUCGAAGCGGCAUAGCCCUCACCUCGACUUAUGCCAUCGGGCAGUGCUCUAGGCUGCUCAAGAGCAUCGACGACCGCGCAUUGCGCACUGAACUCAAGUCUUUGCAGGACCAGCUGAACAGCAAGAUCAAGAUCCUGUCACCGGUCAUAGACUUGAUAGAAUUCAAGUCUGGCCGUGGUAAUGUGUUCUUAGAGUCAGCCGUUCCGCUGGCAAAAGCUCUCCAUCGCGACAUUGUCGCUCUCGGCAAGCGGCUCGAGAGUGCUGCGCUCGCGGAGGAGGCCUCUCGUCAGCUUAGAACGACGGCCGCGACGGCCGAAGCCCACCAUGCUGAACUCCUCGCCAUCAUCCGUGCGAUCAAAGAGCUCCUGGCGAGGAUCGAGAAGGACAUACCCACGCUGCAGUUGGCCAUCACUGCUUCGGGUGAGACGUUCGCCUCGUCGCUGCCGUCCGGCAUAUCUCCUUCGCGUUUCCUUCAGGCAAGCUUCUUUCUUAACCUUGGAGACACCCAGUUCGCACGAGACCCCACAAGACCUGUGCAAAUCGGCCCUUCUUUUUGCCUGUCGCUCUACAUGCUAUUCGUCGGCCAUACCAGCUGUGCACCGCAGCGAGGCAAGUCAGAGCCUCCCAGGCCGGUCACUCCCGACGCAUCUCGUUCGGGGACCCCCUUGAAGGACGAGCCAUACGGCUUCGAGCCUGGCGAAAGACGGCCGAUAUGGCAGGAAGUACUACACAAGGCUCGGGUGACGCUCUGCAGGACACCCAUGGCCUGGCACUUUGACCCUGCGCUAGGCUAUGUUCCACGCCCUGCACACUCCGUCGUCUCCAGCCAGGAUAAUUCAUCUCCGGGACAGCAGAUGUCUGGCAGACCAGAUGAGUAUUCGUACCAUCUAGAAAUCAUUGAAGACCUAGAUGAUGGUAGGGUGCAUGAAGAGGACGCAAGGGCUCGCCCCUAUGAUGAUAUGCCGCAGGCAGGGAUUCGAGAGUCGAUUCCCAUUCAUCAGGUGGCCAAGAUUUUCUACACUGAUAGUGGGAGGAUCCUCAACAUUGGGAAUGCUGAUGAGGCUGGCAAUAAUCCCAUCCUCCUGCUGAAGCGGGACACGAGGGCUCCGACCGCCGCUGACAUUACUGAACAAAUCAUGACACCCGGAAGCCAUAUCUCAAUGAAAACUAUCGGCGACUCGGACAGCAUCACGUCAGAUGAACAAGACGAAAUUGACCGUCAGCUGCGGGAGGAGAGCGAGCCUCGCGAGACCAGAGCCUCAGCAGGGCAGCAGCAGCACCCCCUUGCGAUGCACCUCCCACCGCAUCUCGACCCUGAGUGGCUGGCCCUCGAGGUUUUCACGGAGGACAAUGACUAUGAAUCGUCAUCCAACCCAGAAGAUGAAGAUGAGGACAACAUGGGGGGCGAAGACUCUGUGCCCAUGAUCAAGCAAGCACGACCCUCUCCAUCGCAACGCUCGUCAGUCGACGCGAACCUCCUCGCACAGAUGAAGAAUCUUUCUACGACGGAUGUCACCGGCCGUUCCAGCACCCCAACAACAUCUCGAGACGUUGAAAAGCCACACGCCCAGCGCGAUGCUAAUUUCAUGGCGCGGUCGCCUUUUGGCUCGAUUACGUCGUCGCUGUCGCUUAUGGAGAUGCUAGUCCGGCUCACCAGUCUGCAGGAGUUUCAGCAGGCAGCACACCUCUCCAUUCCGGACUACAUCUUAUCAUUCUUUCUAGAAGAGACAUCCACUACGGGCAUGAAUGGGGAGGAGCGGUGGAAGGUCCGGAGCGAGGCGAAGAGGCGCGUUGGCUUUGAUCCUUACACUGAUACCCCUACAAAGUGA